UUUCAUCCUGAUGGCUGACUCAAAACCACUCACUCCGCUGCAUGGGGACCCUGUUGCUGUGGAGGCCUUGCUCCAGGACGUGUUCGGGAUUGUCAUCGAUGAGGCCAUUCGGAAAGGGACCAGUGCCUCUGAGAAGGUCUGUGAGUGGAAGGAGCCUGAGGAGCUCAGGCAGCUGCUGGACUUGGAGCUGCAGAGCCAGGGCGAGCCUCGGGAGCGGAUCCUGGAGCGCUGCCGCGCCGUGAUUCACUACAGUGUCAAGACUGGUCACCCCCGGUUCUUCAACCAGCUCUUCUCAGGGUUAGAUCCCCACGCCCUGGCUGGGCGCAUCAUCACGGAAAGCCUCAACACCAGCCAGUACACAUAUGAGAUCGCCCCCGUGUUUGUACUCAUGGAGGAGGAGGUGCUGAGGAAACUUCGUGCCCUGGUGGGCUGGAACUCUGGAGACGGGGUCUUCUGCCCUGGCGGCUCCAUCUCCAACAUGUACGCCAUGAACCUGGCCCGCUUUCAGCGCUACCCAGACUGCAAGCAGAGGGGCCUCCGGGCACUGCCGCCCCUGGCACUCUUCACUUCCAAGGAGUGUCACUACUCCAUCAGUAAGGGAGCUGCUUUUCUGGGACUUGGCACUGACAGUGUCCGAGUGGUCAAGGCUGAUGAGAGAGGGAAGAUGAUCCCGGAGGAUCUGGAGAGGCAGAUCGGUCUGGCCGAGGCUGAGGGCUCUGUGCCAUUUCUGGUCAGUGCCACCGCUGGUACCACCGUGUUAGGGGCCUUUGACCCCCUGGAUGCAAUUGCUGAUGUUUGUCAGCGUCACGGGCUGUGGUUACACGUGGAUGCCGCCUGGGGCGGGAGCGUCCUGCUGUCUCGGACACACAGGCAUCUCCUGGAUGGAAUCCAGAGGGCUGACUCGGUGGCCUGGAACCCCCACAAGCUUCUCGCCGCAGGGCUGCAGUGUUCCGCUCUUCUUCUCCGGGACACCUCGAACCUUCUGAAGCGCUGCCACGGGUCCCAGGCCAGCUACCUCUUCCAGCAGGACAAGUUCUACGACGUGGCUCUGGACACGGGGGACAAGGUGGUGCAGUGUGGCCGCCGCGUGGACUGCCUGAAGCUGUGGCUCAUGUGGAAGGCGCAGGGUGGGCAAGGGCUGGAGCGGCGCAUCGACCAGGCCUUUGCCCUCACCCGGUACCUGGUGGAGGAGAUAAAAAAGCGGGAAGGGUUUGAGUUGGUCAUGGAGCCCGAGUUCGUCAAUGUGUGCUUCUGGUUUGUGCCUCCCAGCCUGCGGGGGAAGAAGAAGAGUCCAGAUUACAGCCAGAAACUGUCUCAGGUGGCGCCACUGCUCAAGGAGCGCAUGGUGAAGAAAGGGUCCAUGAUGAUUGGCUACCAGCCCCACGGGACCCGGGCCAACUUCUUCCGAAUGGUGGUGGCCAACCCCACACUGGCCCAGGCUGAUAUAGACUUCCUCCUGGGUGAGCUGGAGCGUCUGGGCCAGGACCUGUGAGCUGCUCCCUCUCUCCGCCCCACCCGAGCUCCGCACAGCCACCUGGGUUCUCAAAAGCAAUCUUUCUAG